CCUCACCUGAGCGGGCUUUUAGGCACCCUCAACCACUAGGCACCCUAGGCAGCCGCCUAGUUCGCCUAGUGGUUGCACCGGCCCUGCCAAGGAGUCAUAGUCUCUGGGCGGAGCUGUGGCAGUCCUAUCUUCUCAGUCCCCGAUGCCACGGAAAAAGAAGAGGCUGGAGAGGGGUCACUCUCCCCGCUCCAAGCCCAAGGAGCCUGGGGCAGGGAGAUCCAAUUCAGGCCAUGUCACCUCGGCUCCUCCACUUCCCAGGGUCUUGUCAACUCCUGUCCCACCCCGGGGCCCACACCUACCCUUGCUAAUGGGCGUGUGGGUCUCCAACGAAAGGGGAACUAAAUAUGGAACAAUUAUACUUAUGAACGACACACACUUCCUUUUUAAAGUAGUGAUACAUUUGGUUAUAUAUGACCAGGAGCUACAGAGAUGCUCUCCAUCCAUGCAGCUGCUCUUCUAACCAUGCUGAUUAAACACUACCCCCUGUACUCAUUGAUACAUUUGCUUUGGACUGGUGUAACUGUUUCAGGAAAUCGAGAAUUGCAGGAAUUAAUUAAACCACAAAAGGUCGAAUUUCACUCAUUAAACUUCAACAAUACUUUGCAUUGGCAGCCUGGGAGGGCUGCCACAGAUGACAUCAUCUACUUUGUGCAGUACAAAGUGUAUGGGCAAAGCCUAUGGAAAAAUAAAGAAGAAUGUUGGGGUAUUCGUGAAGUUUUUUGUGACCUAACACAUCAGACAUCUGAUAUCAGAGAACCUUAUUAUGGCAGAGUGAAAUCUGUUUCAGCUGGAAUCCAUUCAGAUUGGAACACCAGCAGCAGAUUUACUCCAUGGAGGGAAACAAAGAUAGGCCCUCCAUCAGUAAAUGUGACUCCUAGAAACAAAUCCAUACAAUUAAAGCUCCAGGCACCAAAUUCACCUUAUACAAGGAGAAGAGGCAGCAAGAUACCAAUGACAAACUAUUAUGAUCUAUUAUAUCGAGUGUUUCUAGUCAACAACAUGCUAAAUGAAAAAAACAAAAUACUGGCGUAUGAAGGAACAGACAAAGUUGUUAAAAUAGAAGAUUUGAAACCUGAAGUCAGCUACUGUGUCGUGGUUACAACCUACUUGCCAGUGCUGGACCGCAGCAGUGUGUACAGCAGUAAGAAAUGCACGGUACCCCUAUGACAUGCAUUACAGAUAACAGUGGAAGAGGAUACACUCAGUGCUUCCUUCUCUAUCGGCUCUAGUGGUCAAGUGGACUCCUGUAUUUUUGAACAUUUGCAAGUCUACAUUCAAAUGCCUUUAAAAUAACCAAUGGACUCUGAUGCUUCACCAAAUCAAAUUAAUGUAACAUUAAGCACGGGAAAUAAAAUCUUUACU